AUUUCUCAUCCUCAUUUGAAUGAUAAACAAAAAAAAAAAAAGAAAUCCCCAUUAAAUAAAGCAAGCAUCUUGAUCCAGUGUCCACGUGUCAUAUGUUAAUGUCAACAAGGUUUCUGUAUCGGCCCUCUGUACUCUGUUUCACCACCACCAGACUUCUCUCUCUCUCCUCCUCCUCCGCCGCCAUACGCCGCCCCUUCUCCACCUCAAAGCCGCCCUUUCUCUCUCUAGGGAAGAUAAGAUUUGGGGUUUUCGUGAACAAUAGAUCUUCGAUGAGUUCGUCGCCGGAGAAAUCAUCAGUUCAGAAGGCUGAUAGAGUGUUACUAGAGGGUGUAAACGAUGACCAUGGUGGAGUGAUAGUUGAAAUUACCAAUGUGCCCCUGGAUCCUCUUGUUUUUGCUUCUUCACUCAGAGCCUCUCUUUCCCAUUGGAGACAGCUGGGAAAGAAGGGCAUAUGGAUUAAAAUACCUAUCGAGCUCGUUAAUCUCGUCGAACCUACUGUUAAGGAAGGAUUCUAUUUCCACCAUGCGGAACCUAAAUAUUUGAUGCUCGUAAAUUGGCUCCCUAAUUCUGCGAAUACUCUGCCGGCUAACGCCUCGCAUCGAGUCGGUAUAGGUGCAUUCGUCUUGAACGACAAGAAUGAAGUAUUGGUAGUCCAGGAGAAGAGUGGAAAGUUCCGAGGAUCAGGUGUGUGGAAGUUUCCUACCGGGGUUGUCGAUGAGGGUGAAGAUAUAUGCGAUGCCGCAGUUAGAGAAGUAAAAGAAGAAACUGGAAUUGACUCGAAAUUUGUAGAAGUACUAGCAUUCAGACAUAGUCAUCAGUCGUAUUUCGAGAAGUCGGAUUUGUUCUUUGUGUGCAGGCUCGAACCACUCUCCGAGAAAGUGCAGCCACAGGAAUCGGAAAUCGAGGCAGCCCAGUGGAUGCCUUAUGAAGAAUACGUAGCGCAACCAUUUGUACAGAAUCACCAACUUCUGAGAAAAAUCGGUGAGAUAUGCACAGCAAAGAAAAAUGGAGAAUAUUCAGGAUUUUCAGCUGUGACAACUACUACUAAUUUUUCCGAGAACAAGGCCUAUUUAUACAUGAAUGGUCGAUUAUAGCUUCCGAUUUUUCUUUUGGUAAAUUACAACUGCCCCCCCUGAGGUAACAUCUAUUCACAAAAAAAAACCCUCAUUUUCCCAUAAUUACAUCCACCUCUAAAAUUUGUAGAUUUCUUACAUUAACACCCUUUUGUACGGAGGUGGAUGCAAGAAAUAUACAAACUCCAGGGAGCUGGAUGUAAUUUCUCAAAAAUAAGGUUUUAUCUACCCUUUUUAUAAUCAGCAUUGUAAAAUACUGUUUACAAAUGUUGGUAUUUGAAUUUGAAAUAUAUUGUUUUAUUUUUA